CAGAGGUUACAGCUUCUCGGGUUCACGCUCGCAAAGAUGUGAUUAUUUCCCUUGCGCACAGAGCAGAAGCAGUUUGGUGGUGUUCUCGGCUCCAGCAGCUCCCAGCAGGAUCUCCUCCGCGUCGCUUCCCCUCCCUCCUCCCCGGAGAUGCUGCCCUGCCUGCGGAGCCUCCUGCGGCCCGCCCUCUCCCUGAGAGCCGGCGCCGGGCUCACCCGAGCCGGGCUCGGCAGCGGCCAGGCUCCCGCCGCCUGGUCCCGGCUCCCCUCGCUGUUGCAGCGGCGCAGCCUGGGCACUCACCCGGAGUCCACGGAGCCGCUCGACUCGCCCCAGGGCGCCAAGGAGUUCAUCUACAGCCUGCACCCCACCGAGCGCACCUGUCUGCUGCGGGAGCUGCACAGGUUCGAGUCCAUAGCCAUAGCUCAAGGGCAGCUGGUAAUCCCGCCACCUACUUCAGCACAGUUAAGAUAUGUUCUGCUGCACAACGCAAUCCCUUUUGUUGGAUUUGGAUUCCUGGACAACUGCAUCAUGAUCGUUGCUGGCACUCAUAUUGAGUUAUCCAUCGGAGUUGUCCUCGGCAUUUCAACUAUGGCAGCUGCUGCCCUCGGCAACCUGGUUUCUGAUCUGGCAGGUCUAGGACUGGCAGGUUACGUGGAGGCCUUAGCGUCUCGGCUGGGGAUGCAGAUUCCUGACCUGAACCCGAAGCAGGUGGACAUGUGGCAGACCAGAGUCAGCUCCCAUUCGGGUAAAGCCAUCGGCGUCGGCAUCGGCUGCAUCCUGGGCAUGUUCCCUCUUCUGCUUCUGGACUUCGACAAGAAAAAAGAGGACCAGAAGGAGGGGACGGAGAAAUCGGAGUCGCCACCUGCUCCGACUGAGAGCGACCAAAACUGAAACUGUCAACCUGCUGAGGACAAAUAUUAUUAGGAAUCCGUUAGAAUACUUAAACCCGGGACUGUUGGCCUCGCCUGGUGGACCGGGGUGUGUGAACUCCUCACACAGUCUGAUGAUGCGUGUUACUCUGCGAGGCUGAUUCUAACUAUGGAAGGUAUUCUGAAAAGGGUUUUAGAUAUUAUUUGAUUGUACAUUUUUAACUUAAGCACAGAAUCCUGACCGUCUCUUGAAGAGACACGAGACUGUUUAUUCAUUGGACUGCUGCUACGUCAACUAUUGCACCAUAACCUCACCUUGUUUUUUGACUGACCGACACAGGCUGAAACUGAUUUAUCUGACACACACACACUCUGCAGUGGCUUCUUUCUCUCCUCUGUUAAAAAGAUCAAGUAUAAAACGUGAUGGUGAGAUGGCAAGUAGGUUAAAGGAAAGUUAGGGCCCAUUGCAGUAUCACAGUAAAGAUCAGAAACUACACUAUCGGAGAUAAUUCUGAAAAAAACACGCUCUUAGUAGAGCACUUACCUCGCCAAGGCCCAUCAGUCCCCUCAUGAAACAACAUUUAAAUUCACUGGAUCCACAUUUUUAUUUGGAUCUGCACCAAAUUAUGCACACCCAAAUCUUGAGGAAAACAAAAUUUCACACAAUGCCGAAGAAAGAUAAGUGAGAAAAUAAUCCUGGAUCCGCUCCCUUGAUUUGGAUCUGCACCAAAAUUUAAUUGGUUCCUCCUCUGGGUCAUGACCCACCUCUCAACACAAUCAGUUGCGUAGUUUUGUGUAAUCCUACUACCAAACAAACAUAACCUCCUCUGCAAAGAUGAUUAGUUCGUCACAUGGCUUUUUGCCGUUGAAGGUUUCGUGUCUAUCGUCAGUCUCUAAUAAACGAAGACUGAAAGAUUCCCACCAUCACACGGUGCAUUUCAGCUUGAUUCAGAAGCGUUAAGGACAUUUAAAGACAUCUCCUGUGUUUUCUAAUCAGUCUUUGAAGGUGUUGAGUCAUACAAAGAGAGAAAUCUAAUUUGCAUACUAUAUAUAUAUAUAUACACACUAUACAGUAUCGAGUAGACUAAAGUACUGUAAAUUUGCAGUUUUACAAAUAUAUCUCAGUCUUAAAAAGUCUUGCCAGUCUGCCUCAUCCACGCUCACUUGUCGGUGACUCAUUUUAUAUUAAAUACUUAUGAUUUCGCCCCUCAAUCAUUCUAAUAUUUACCCUGUGCAUCCAGGUGAUCAGUGCUGCUAACUCCUUUAAAGAGCAGUCUGUUACUUUCUGCGGAAGAGUGGAGCAGGAUGAAGGGAGAGAGGGAGAGAGGAAAAGAGCAGCAGCGACAGAAAGAUAAUAAAUUCCAUCACUGAACCACCUGAGACCUCUGUCCCAUUCCUCUCUGACCCUCUGGCCUCCACAUCAUGUGAUUGAUCUCGUCCUGCUCUGCACCAGUCGACAUUUAACCGAGCUACAGCGAAGCCUCUGCCAGGGAGAGACAGCAGCAAGCCUCUGAUCCAGCUCCUGUUACACUAUGAUUAUUGCCCUGUUUAAUUCUGUUAGAAAUCUGCUGCUGCUGCUUCCAACACUAACGCACAACUACAUAUUCUCCCUCUGCACCUUCAUGAGCAGUGUCUCUGCUCUGCUGCCCUCCACUGGCUGAGAUUUGAAGGGGUUUAUAUUGUAUUUCAAACACAUACAGGUGUCAUUCAUCACCUGUUUAUCUCCCCUGCUUAGUAUUUAAACCAGCUCAAAGUCGAGCUUGAAGUUGUUACUUCAUCACUCUAUAAUUAAUGUUGUUAAUCGUUUAUUUUUGAUCUGCAAACUGUAAUCUGCAGCAUGAGGGAUGUACUAAAUAUGAUGAAAUACUUCCAUCAAUCCAGGUCUUGAUUCGACUCUUAGUGAUUUUAUAACUUAUCUUAUCAUCUGAAAACUGUUGUGUAAACUGUAGACUGUUUAGAAGUUGAAAUGAAGCAGCCACGUGUCCCAAAAAGCAUAUUUAAUUUUCUUCGGAUAUUCAUAUAUGGUGCCACUGUAUAUUCUAUUUAUUUAUCUCCGGGGACAAUGCUAAGAAAAGAAUAUAUAUGUCAACAGGAAAAUAUAUUUGUCAUUAUAUUUCCAGCAGCAUCCUCCAACAGCAACAAGAAGGACCCACCAUCUGAUUGCUGUGUGUGACAGUGCAUUACUAAACCUGCUCUAAAAACACUGACACACCCACAGAGGAGAGUUUGCCCUGUAUGAGAUUGUUUUAGUUAUUUAUUAUGUGCAGAACAGUGAUAAAAAUGACAAAUAAUUGAAGAUUUAUGU